GGCUGCGCGCGCGCACGACGCACGGCGCUCCGCGAGUGUUUGUGACUGUGCUGUGUUGUGACACUUGUGACUGUUCGUGUGCCUUUUGGAAAUAACUGGCAGGUUUUUUUCCAAGUCAACAACAGCUGCUUUUAUCUUCUGAGAUUGGAGAAACUUAAAUUCAGAUUUUGCUAAAGCAAGUCACCGAGUUUCCGAGACAUAGCGGACGUGACCAAACAACAUAAUACUGAGAUGAGCCUCGAUUCGUAGCAGCGGCAUGGGGCAAGCGGGCAGCCAUCCCGCAGGCGCGGUCCCGCCGCGGGCCCGCCGCGCUAACACGCUGCCGCACGAGCCGCCGCGUCACGCACCUAAGGUGUUGCCAUCACUACCAGAGUCUCCGCGCCUGCGCAGCACAGACAACGGAGCUAUUCUGCAGUCCGGAGGCACUAUCAGUGGCAGGAGACCCACGGCUGCACUUCAUGACACCAGGGUCCCCCAUGGGCAUGUGCAUUCAAACGUGUUCCGUUCUCGAUCAGCUGGGGCUGGCGGGGAAAUUGGUGACAGCCGAUCAAGGGAACGAGACCCGCUGCACAGAUCACACACUAACCUGGAUUUGAGGCUAAAUGAUGGUUCAAGUUUAAACAAGAGGUUCGGGUCUGAACCAGAUCUAAGGCUGGAAGAAGAGCCUCAGAAACCGAAAUGUAACAAACAUUUCCGUAAAAAAUAUCGGGCGCCUCCUCCUCCAACACAUGAGAACUACGAAGGUUCUUCGCCAGAUUCCAGUGAAGGAAACGCGAGAGAACCGCAAAGAAAGUUACGUCUCUUCAAGACGAGAAACGAAACCAAAAAGAUGAACGGACACUUUGAUCCCAAACUAUCAGCUUAUAGAAGUGGGGCCGUAGAAUACAAAUCACUUGAUUUAAAUGAUAAUCAAGCGUUCGAAAGGAGAUACAGGUCACCUUGUAAAGAUAAGGAACAACAUCUCAAAUACCCUGAUACUAGUGAUAUGAUACAAACCACAAAAUCUUUAAAAAGAGAAGAGCGAUUACUUCAUACAAAACAGGAACUUAAAAAGACAAGGAUAGACAGAGUUAGUGGAUGUCGAGCGAAAAUGUCAAAAUCAAACGAACAAAGCGAAGCGUGGAAAACGCCACUAUUAAAUAGAAAUUUCAGAUAUUCUGAAAGAUUCAAGAAGGAAGAUAAUGAAGUGCCACAAUUGAGGAGAGAAAAGACUUUUGACUCUUUGCUUCCGAGUGAAAAAGAAAGUGAAUCUCCAAGAACCACACACGAGAGCAGAAUGAAAUCUUUAGGAGAUCAGCUAAAAGUAAGCCGACUUACUCCUACAACGGAGAGUAAUAAGCCUUUGAGAAAAUCUCUUCCAUCACUAUUGGCUAAGAGUAGUGACGAAAAAGACGAAUUUCAGGCAGAACUUAAAAAGGCUACAAGUAGGAUAAGAAAAGAAGUAGGAAGUAAAGUUAAUAAUGUAAGUGAAAACAAAACUAGUCAAAACGAUAAAACGAGCGUACACAAACCACACCCAACGAAAUCAGUAAUCCAGAGCAGAGAGUCUAGUCUUAAAACAAAUGUUAAUAACAAGCCUGAUAAGACAGCGUUAAGCAGAAGACCUUUGAGUCGACUGAAUGAAACCAAAUCAAAACCGACCAUUCAACAAACUAAUGCUAAAAAUAAUAAUGUAGCAGUCAGUAGAUAUAAGUUUAACAGCAAAGAAAAUAACAGGGCAAUACCUGAUCGAGGGCAAGCAUCAGGGAAAGAAUCGACGCCUGAACACUCACCUACAAGGGUCAAAGAUCCACCAACUACAAGGCCAACGGAAGCUCUACCAGAGAAGAAGACGGCUGCGCCAUCGAAGCAAUUUUACUUCGGCAUGAUCGAGAGCAAGCAGGCGGAGCCUCGGGAUCAUCUGAAGGACUUCCCAGGACUCGGGAGCCCCAUCAUCGAGGAAAUCAGUAACUUCCAUCUCAUUGAAAAGAAACUGUUGGGCUACCACGACGAAGAUGAUGAAUUUGAAAAAUUCAACGCUCAGCUGAAAGAGAACUGCAAGGUUAAAAAUUUAUCAUCGGAAUCAGCGUUAUCAUCAAAUGGGUCUGAAGGCGAGUCUGAAGGUUCCUUGGGCAUUGCGCUGCGGUUAAGACCGACUCUACCCAAGAAACAGCCAGCUGUGCCAAGGUUCUCCCCAGCAGCUGCUUGGAGGCAGCUGGCCAGUCUGGAUGCUCAUUUAGCUGCAGAAACCCAGCCCCUGGCAGUAGAAACAAAGAUGGCAGCUGAGAUAUCACCAGAAUCGUCUCCAAGGUCGGAACAAUCCGCAGACAAAUCCGGCGACUCUGGGAUCUCCGGGGACCAUGCUCAUAGCGACCAUAGGGUGGACUCCCCUAGACAUCCCCAGGAGUCUCCUCCGGCCGCUUGGACGCCCCAGCAAGAUCUCGGAGACAGCAGCUCCGACGGAGCUGGUGGCGCGCGGGGCCUUCUACUGCCAGGGGGCGCUGUGACAUACAACCCUGGAGCACAACCUUUCAGUCUAUCCCUACCAAGAGACUCGGACAGGGGCAAGCAACUGCAGCAGGGGUUCAAUAGCCUGCAGAAGCUUAGGAAGUCAGUAUCAGGUGCCUUGGGAGCCGCGUUGGGUUCCAGAAGGUUCGAUUUAGAGCACGAACCGAUGUUGCAAGAGCCAGAACAGAAUUGGUUCCUGACGAAGUCUGCGCCGAAUUCCUUGAGCAAUCCACUGCUGUUUCAACCUCCGGUGAGGGCGAAAGGGUCGACUGAAGAUGAUAUCAAAGAAGAGUCGACUCCACCAUCUGAAAAGGAGGAGGAGUCAUCAUCAUGGCGACCCAGUAACUCGUACCUGUCGUGGGGAGGUCACGUGAUGUACCUUCCCCCAGCCCCCUCGGCGCCUGAUCAGCCAUUGUCAAUACUGAGUCCGCUUGACAGACCUGUCAGGAGUAAAUCAAGUGGCUGCCUUGAAGUGGCGGCGAGGGCGGCGCGCGCAGGCCUGGCUUCAGAAAUGAGGGAGCGGGAGCGGUCCGCAUCUCCUGAGUUGGCCAGGGCAUUGCCAGCCAGGGUCGAACCCAACCCUAAUAGAAACACAAACGUCGGUCGCGGCAAGAGAUUUACCUUUCAGUCUACAGUCAGACAGCUGGAGAGGCGAAGACUGGCCGAGAAGUUGUCAAGAGAAGCAGACUUGAAGGAACAGCAGAGAAAAACGGAACUAGAAGCCAUGAGACGAGUGGAAGAAGAGUUCCAACGGAAACGUGCGAGGGAGAAGGCGAAUAUUAGACAGCAACUGCGUCUGGUCAGCAGCGGAGCUGCUAGCAUGCCCUCGCCAACACACCAUGGGAAAGCACGUGACGAACCAGAUGGAUCAUGCAGGGAGUCCCCUGCCCCAGAGAGGACCAGAGAGAGGCAACGGCAUAGCAACAGUGGAUCGGAGAUCAGCGGCAGAAGCAAGAGUACCACACCGAUCCGUAGCGUAGAGCUGUCGGAGUGGCGCGAGGGGGGGCACGAGGCGCGCGUGUACCGCGACUGGGCCGCGGCCGCGGGGCCCGCGCCGGCGCACGCGCAUCCCCCCGCCUGCGCGAGGAUGCCCAUGUCCACACAUGUCGUGUAUAACGCAGCGGAGCCCGAAGCGCCAUUCAGCGGCAGCCCGAGAUCCGACAAUUAUCGGCUAGAAUUCGCGCGCGGGAGAUCCCCGCGCACGCCCCGCCCCCCGCGCCUCCUCACCGCGGCGCGGUCGCCUUCUACCUCCGGGUCUGAGUUGUCUUUGAGGCAGCCAAUCAAAAUCAGAGAGACCACAACAGAAGAAGCAGAAGAGCCUGCGAUAGUGCCCACGCUGCGGCCAUCCGGCCCUAGUCGGUCGGCUGUUGUCACUCAUUGACAGCUGUCAAAAGAAGAUAUAAUCUAUGUAUGAGACAUUUUCGAAAAAUGUCUAUAAAAUAUGAGAACGAAUGUCCAAAUUGAUGUUGUUACUUUACACACACACAAAUUUAAAUCCAAAUUUUCAAAGCAUUUUUUGAACGUGAAUCGUCUAAACUAUAUUAUGUAAGAGUUUACAUGACGUUUCUAAAUAGUAAAAAGUUAUUAUUAAAAUAAACUAUGGUUUUCGAAGUGAAAUAUUCGUUUAGACAUGACUUGAUAGUUUAAUUGUAUUUGUAAAAGGCAACAGUAACACGAGCCUCUUUCAGUCUUGAGCCUCUCACAAAAAGCUCUGCAAUAUUGGAAGGGGAGACUUGUCACGCAAGUCGAUUUGGGUCAAAUGGACCGCUGACCGUAAUUAUAUUAGGCACAUAGUACCAAUUUAUAACUGUAACUUUGUAUAUUUUAUAUUGGAUGCCGUUGUUAUUUAUAAUGUCAAUUGCAUGAUAGAAAGUAGAUUAUAGAUAUAAUAUACGUGCGAUUGGUUUCUCUUUGAUUAAUGGAUUGGCAAUCUAGUCUUAAUUGGACUUUAUAUUAAUCAAUCAAAUUUCAAAAUUACAUAGUCUUGAGUCCUGAUUGACAUUUAAUAGACCUACUGUGGAAUUUGAAAGUUUUAAAUCAAUUCCAGACUGAAAUUUUCAGAAUUAACAUGUACGAGAGCUAAGAUGCGGAGUAAGUGUACCAUAUUUUGUUGAAUUAAUUACUUCAUUUAAUAUUUAUAACAUUUAGAAUUUCCAAAAAGUGAAGCUUCAGAUAAAUGUGUAAUGUUUUGGUUUGUAAGUAAUUUUUUUUUCUAAGGAAUAAAAACAGUUAUCCUUUAAGUUAAUAUCCUUAUUUACUCCGAAAAGGGCUUUAUAAACCUUGCUUAUAUUUAAGUGUAUUUGGUUAAUUAGUACAUAUUUAAGAUUUGAGUGUAAAGAGUGGUAGCGAUCACAAACAAUGCAAUAACUUUUGUCUUCCAUUGUAUAAUUUCCACUGAAGCUUUAAUAUAGAUUAAUUUAGACUAUAAUACAUCAAAACAAGGUGCUAAUUAUAAUGAUAAUCUUCAAACAUAACGAAUUUUAAAUAGUAUUAAUUUUUGUUUUACUUUAAAAAAUAAUGAAUGUAAAAACAAUUGCAAUUAUUAGAAACUUGAAAACGUAAUCAAUGUGAAAUAUUUAGAAAAAUUAUGAAUUUUAAUUUUAUACAUAAUAAUAUUAUAAAAAAUUUGCCAUGAUUCGAAAAAUCAAAUGAAUUAAGCGUAUUGUUCAAUAUACCUCGAUAUAAAUAAUCGAAUUCAUAUACAUGUCAUCAAAGAAAUAAAUCGAUCAUCUUAAUAAUGAAUAAAGACUUAUUAGAAACAUUAAGUACCCUGGUCAGAGCUAAGGGAUUGUCGUUGGCUUUUACAGCGACAUUCCCCCCCCCCCCCCCCCCCCCCCUCCUUUACAACCUUUUAGAAGCCAUCAAUCAUAGAAACUAUAGCGGGGUAGGAGCGACCGGGCGCGGCAUUAUAUGGGUUAACGGCAUAACCACGCUAACAAAGUCAUCUACCUAUUGCUAAAUAUCGAUUUUUCUGAUUAUGCAAGUUUAAUCAUAAUAUUUUUUUACGAUUAUGAAAUAUUGUACUCAAAUAAUUAUUGACUUUUAACAUUGAUCAAGUUUCAAGGAAAAAUGUUUUGUUUUUCAAAGACUUGAAAUUAUAUCCCAUCUGAAUGCAUUUACUCAAUGAAAUACACAUUUUAAAAAUCCCAAAUGUAUAGAACAUUACAUAGGUGUGCAAUAAAAAUAAAAUACAUAUACCGAUAAUACAUACCUACUUAUAACUAAAUAUUACAAUUAUGCUCAAUGUAAACUGUAUAUAGUACUUAACGUAAAUAUCUUAAUAACUUAACAGGUAAUAUAUUUACUCAAAUUAUAUAUUCUUUUUUUUAUUGUUGUAUAUAAAUGGUGCAUGUAUAUAAUGAUAGAAUUAAUGAAACAUUGUAUUCGACAAUAAUAAAC